AACCACAACAGCUCGAAAGCCGCGAGGCUCACACCGCACAGGAACGCGCUUUUAGCGCAUCCAUUUUCGUGAGCGGGCUAAGGUCUGAGCAUUUCAAUCUCCCUGUGAUCGGCUCUAGCUGGGCCCCAUGCUAAUGCGUGGAGCGACGUACAAGAAAAACAGACUGCAGUUUUCGUCAGUACCCACGAUCCUUGUCACGAGGGGAGGGAAGAGAACUGUGGGCUUUGGAAACGUCGUGGAGAUCGGGCGGACGAUGCUGGCAGUGGGCGCCCUCCUGAUCCACUUUUAUCGCGGAUUCUGUGCUCUCUGAGCGCCUCAGAGGGACAUGAGGACAUCACGAUCCAAAUGUGUCGCCACGAACAGACAAUGGUCAUGGUUAAUGGGGGAUCCCGAUACAUUCUUUGAGACAUGUCAAUGGAACUUUAUACGCGCGUCUAUCAGAUUCCUGGUAGGCUGCUGCGGCGGGGCCUUGCGAUGUGUUUGCUGUCCGUAUGAGAAGAAUGGAGCUUCAGGGUCGUCUCACUGCUACUGGUACGCGUCCGUCCUUGAGUUCACUUCGCGGCUCGAGGACACAGUCAGCUUUGUCUGCGAAACUCGAUUCAGACUACUCUCGAGCUGUUGUUGCAUGGUUUAAUUUUUUACACUUCGUCUUCUUCGUGAGGACCGGUUAGGAUGGGCCACUUCUAGAUUCAAAUGUUAUUCUAGUGUCCAAAUACUGAGGAUACAGGAUUAUAGUGAGUUGUUGCUAUGUCCUUCUUUCCAUGGAGCAAGUACCACGCAAAUACGUGUUUUGCAGGGCAGCUGCAAGUACCUCCCAUUAAAGCAUAGAUGAAAUCAAAUUAAUAUGUUUGAAAUUUAAA